CGAUGCGGCGCCUCGGCGCGGCCUGCGCUCUCGUCUUCCUCCUAGUCCCGGCCCUCGGGCUCAUCGCGCGCAAGUGCUGUCACCAGGACCAAAAACUCCGGCUCCUCAACGCCACCUCCGUCGAGUGCGUGCCGGCCACCGGGCACCAACUCUUCUCGCACUUCUUCGCCUCGCACGCCGUCGUCUACGGCAUCCCACCAACCUGCCCGGACCCGGAGCUCGUCGACCUCUCCGAGAAGUACUUCGUGACGUGCGUCGACGUCGCCGGCGACACCCCCGUGGGCCUCCACUGCGCCCAGCUCCCCAACUACAUCACCCCCGCCCCGCGCGUCGACACCCUCAAGAAGUGCUGCCCCCAGUUCCGUCGCUACAACACCGCGCGGCAGACAUGCUGGGCAGGGCUCCACAGCCCCACCGCCACCUCCGAGCUUCUCCGGGUCGUGUUCUCCAACUUCACCUCCGGGUUCGCGGACUUGAGCUUCGGGCCGCCGGAGUGCGCGACCGGCGACGUCUUGGUCGACCUGGUCGUUCCGCGGACCAGAGUCUGGUUCCAGGACAGCGGCUCCCUCUUGGUCCACCCUCUCGGAGCCGCCCACCCCACUCUCAUCGUUCCGGAGAGCAUGUGUGUGGACCUCGCUGACGAUAGCGAGAGUGUUGUGGUACGGACGUGCCAGGACUACAGAGUCGUCUGUCAGCUCAAUCGGAAGCCGUGCGUUCGGAAAUGUUGCCGCGAUGGCGAAUCGUUGUUCGGAGCUCGUUGCGAGCCCUCGCAGCACGUGGCGGAUCUGCAACUCCACAAAGUGCACGGGAGAGACAGGAUGCCGAUCCCGGUGCCUAGUGCGAGGCCGGCGUUCAGCUACGGCCUGGGGUGCCAGAAGUACCCCUUGAACCCUUACGAGGACGACGCGGAUCAGAAUUUCCUGCUCCUGAAUGAUAGUCUGUUCCUGCCGUAUAGUUCCCAGGUGGUGCCUUCGGAGAGGUAUUGUGUCGAGCACGUGGUUUCUCACUCGGACGAGCUGAAUGGGACGCACGCCUUCGUGUGUUUCGGGGAGUAUUUCCUCGCCGAGACGAGUUCUUGGCUGGUGACCUCGCCGCUGUAUAUCGGGAUUUUUGUGCUUAUGAUCAUGUCCUGCGUGUGUUUGUUGCUCACGUUCUUGGUGUACAUGUGUAUCCCUUUCUUGCAUGGGAGUCUCCAUGGGAAGACCCUCAUGAGUCACAUUGCGGCCCUCCUCGUGGCUUUCAUUUGUCUCACGAUUCUCCAGAACGAGACGAAUGGUACGAAGAAAGGAACCUUCCUUUCGAACGAAGCUUGCACAAUUUUAGGAUAUCUCCUUCAUUACACAUUUCUGUCUGCAUUCUUUUGGCUAAAUGUCAUCAGCUUUGAUAUCUGGUGGACUUUCGGGACAAUCCGGCCAUUCAUCUCGAAAAAAGCUGACGAGCGUCGGCGCUUCAUAUUUUAUUCAAUCUAUGGAUGGGGCUUUUCCGCGCUUUUGACAUCUGCGACAAUUUUCGCUGACACCCAUCCUAAUUUGAUUCCUCGAGUGCUACGACCGGAAAUGGGAACCAUCUCGUGCUUUCUUUCCACGCGGACAUAUGGCCUACUGGUAUUUUUCUGCGUGCCUGUUAGUAUAGCAUUUUCGAUGAAUAUUACCCUUUUUAUACUUACGGCAAACUACUGCUACAAAACUAAAUCAAGACUUGAAAAAUUGGCCGUUACCGACCCGGCAAAAAAGAAGUACAAAACUGACAAAAACAAGCUUAUCGUGAUGGGCAAGCUGAUAGUGAUGAUGGGGCUAACGUGGGCCGUUGAGGUGAUCUCUCGCCUGGAGUUGUUACCCUUACAAGCAUGGUAUCUUUGCGAUCUAGUCAAUGCCCUUCAAGGCUUCCUUAUAUUCAUUACCUUCGUGCUGAAGCCCAGAGUGCUCUCAAGCCUUGCCAACAGACUGCGCUCUCAUCAACCCAGCACGUCCACAAUGUUCACGACAGCUGCAUCAGAUUCAAGAAUUAACCACAGUGGCAGAUCAUCCAGCAGGGCUUCGCAAUAAAACAUGAAAGAUGCCGGGACGUCUGAAGAUCCAUCCAAGAUGAUGGUCGAGAGGAUGAAAAUUAAUUAAGGGUUGAUAGGAGAAUGAUAGGUUUUCUUUAUUUUUUUUUUGCUGUCUUUCCUUUUCAUCGUCACUCUUGAAGCAAAGGCUUGUGAAAAACGUGGAAAAAUUUCAAAAAUGUAAAAAUUGUAAAAAAAGAGGCUAGUUGACGAAAUCUGAAACGUACUUACUUUAAAAAACAAACAAACAAACAAAAAAAAAAAAAAAAAAAAAAAAAAAAUAUUAAAAAAAAGGGAGAGAAAAAAAUGAUUGAUUGGAAAAGUAUCUAGUUUGAUUGGAUUCUUGAUUCUCCUAUGAACUUUUAAAAUGAAAAAAGAAGAAAAAAAUCACGAAAUCGUGAAAAAGAAAUUACCUACAUGAUAACAAACACGGAAAAGUAAGGCCAAGGAAGCUGAGGAGAUUGGGUAAAACAUAAACGUUAAGAAUUUCACACUUUUCAUAAUAUUUCACGAGUACUUUUGUGAGUACGAACCCGAUAGUGAAAAAGAUGUACCCAGGUAAUAACAUGCCAAACGGUUUUUUCACGAUUCUUUUAAAAUUAUUUUAUAGCUUGAAAUUUCUGAAAAUCAACUUGCAAAAAUAAUAUAAGUAAAUUUUAUAAGUAAAUUAAUAUAAGUAAAUUCUGGCAAAUUUGUUUUUACAACUUUUUCAUGAAAUUUUUCUCAACGCAAUUCACAAGUUUUUCACGAGCUUUUGCUACAAGGGCAUUCAUUUUCAAUUUUACUUCAAUUUUCCUUCUCUUCUCCUGUGCUAGGAGUUUGAUCUGCUUAAAAAAGGGUACUAACUAAUUUAAGAUCAGAUUUAAAGCUACUAGGUACCAUUAUAAUGUUCCAUGGAAAGAGCAGGGCAUGGACAAAAAGAGUUUUUAAGUGGGGAAAGGAGCAUUGAAGAUAAUUUACUCUUACUAAAAAAUGUCCAAAAAAAAUUGUUGAUUUAAGGCUAUAUAAAGCUCAUGACAAAUUAAGGCUCUGAAGUGCUUUAGUAUUUUUUGAAAAUCAAAUAGAAUGAUGAAAAUUUCAAGCUAGGUAUGUAUACGUAUGAGUACUGAGAAAAGGUGGGUAUCAACCAUUUUUAGCAGGAAUAAAUUUGCACUUCUUUGUGUCUGUCAAUGAACUCAUUUGCACACGCAGUAUGCCUUUUACCAAAGUGAUAUCAUUUAGUAAAUCUAUUUGACUUUGGACCGGGAAUUUUUUUUUUUUUUUUUUUUUUUUUUUUUUUUAGGAAAAGUAGUUUUUGCUAUGUUUCUCACAUAAUACUGGGAUUCUUUUAAUGGCUAAAAGAUUAAUAUGGAACAGAUAGGAGUCUGGUAAAAACUUGCACAGUGGGGUUUGUCAGUAACAUAUUUAAAGAUAUCAUUGGAAUGGUAAGUCCAAGUUGUCAAUGAGAAGGAAAAUAACUUAAAGGAGCAAAAGGCAUAGAUAUAUUCAAACAAAUUGUGAUAAAAGUAUGAAACACAUUUAAAAAUCGAAAUGCAAAAGUAAAAAAAAUAAUAAUGUAAUAUACUGUUACUUAAAGCUCUCCAACACAAACAGGAAUGUACAAUUUUUAUGUUUUUUAUACUCUGAAUAAAUUGCAAAAACGCAAAUGAAAA